CUAAGCAUCGGCUUCUCAGCAUACCUUCGCAAGCCAAGCUCCCACUGGCUCUUCAUUUUACGGAAACAAUUCAUCAUGUCAUCCAAAGCCCGCGAGCUGUUGCGCAAGUUUACAUCAUGCGACAUUGGAGAUGCGCUGGUCAAGCUUAAGCAUCCCAGAGGGGGCUUUCUUGAUGGCAUAAAAUUGCGGUCUGUCGACUCGCAGACCCGUAUCUUCGGCCCAGCUGUCACGGUGAAGAUGGUUGAGGCAAAUGAUACAAAAGCACCCAAGCUUGACAAGCACUUCGUCGACCAUAAUGUGAAAGGUGGAGUCAUGUAUAUCCAUCAGCCUCCCACUGUUGCCUCUGCUUGCUGGGGUGGCCUCAUGUCCACUCGCGCUAAGUAUCUGGGUGCGGAGGGCGUUGUCAUCAAUGGAAGAAUGAGGGAUGUCAACGAGCAUAGAGAGUUCAAGUUCCCUGUAUUUUCCAAAGGUCAAUCUAUCUUGGGAUCCAACACGUUCACCCGGGCCUCCGAGAUCAAUGUUCCGCUCCAGUUCAGCGGUGAUCUGUGGAUAAACCCGGGUGAUAUCUUGGUUGGAGACGCUGAUGGUGUUGUUUCCGUCCCCCCCUCUCUGAUAGAGCAGGUCGUGGCUUUGUGUCAAGAGCGAGCUGAGAUUGAUGAGAAGAUGUUUGCGGAGCUUCGGAAUGGCGCGGCUAUGGGAGAUUUGAUCCGUACUAUUCGUAAAGAUAAAUAGACCUCAC